AUGCAAAUAAUAAUUAAUUAUUCUCCUUCCCCAUCAUCAUUUUCCUCUUUAGAUUUAAAAACUUUUUUAUUUUUUUAUAUUAAUUUAUUUAUUAAAAUUUUUUGUCUUUUUUGUUUGUUAAAUAAUGCUCAAACUAAAACAUUUAAUAAUAACAAUAAUCAACAAUUAAAACAAAGAAUGUGUUUUCAAUGUCAUAUGCCAAUUCAAUGCAAAUCAGGAUUUUGUUUUGGUGAUUAUUGUGUUAAAAGUAUUGUUGCAAAUAAAUAUGUUAGUAAAGGAUGUGAAAAUAAAACAAAAAAUGGAGGAAAUUAUUUUGAAGGAAGGGGAAAUGAAGGGAGGGGGGAUAUUCUAGUACAACAACAAAAUUUUGGGGAGUCUUUUUAUGUUUCUGUCAGAUCAUUAGAAGAAGAAAAAGAAAAUCAAUUAAUUAAAUCCUCUACUAAAUAUCCAAAUAAAUCUAAUAGCAAUAAAAUGUCUUCAUUGGGUGUUGCUGUGCCUAAUGGAUGUAUUAAAAUGAAUGUAUUUGGACAGCCAAAUAUAAUUUGUUAUUGUAAUGAUGCUGAUUACUGUAAUGGAGGAGGGGGAGGAGGAGGAAGAAAUUUGAAGAAACAAACAAUAAUAUUUAUUCUAAUAAUUAUUUUUAUUUUUUUCAUAAAUAUUUAAUUUAAAAAUAAAAUAUUUUAUUAUUUUUGUCUUUUCAUUUUUCUCCAAAUAUUACAAUUGGUGUAAAAGGCUUAUAAUUGUUAAGAGAUUAAAUUAAUUAUUUAAUUUUUGUUCUUUAGGGAUUAAAAAAGUCAUCAAGAGAUUAAAGGGAUUUAGGCAAGGUGUCGGAGCGGAAUUUAAAAGAUUUGAAAAAACACAAAAUUUGUCAAUUUGAAACGAAAUUAAGUAUUGA